UAAUCUCUUAUGUCAGAAGUUGGCUGAAAUCAACUUAUUUCAGCCAGUGGCAGUGAAAGAAAGAAAUGACGAUGGAAAAGCACAAUGAAAGAGGGUUUUUCUACAUAACUGCAUGCUCCUUCAAGGUUUAACAUGCGAUUGUUUCAAGGAGAAAAAUUAUGGUUGUUUUUUCGUAUAGACGCAGGGCACAAAACGUUUUAGAUUGCCUCGUAAAAGGAGUAUUGAUUUCAAAGUCUCGCCCAGAAUUUUCUGCGGGGUGGUAAAUUUCUUGAAUACCGUUUGGAUCGAGAGGAAAACAUGUUCAAAGUAGCGAUGUGUCUUAUCAAGUAAUCCAAGGAGAACUGUCUUCGGUGACACAGAAUUUUGUUACCAAAGUUGUCCGUCCAUCUGGUUUGUCAGCAGAAAAUAAUUUAGCGAAAUAACCUUUCAGGAUUCCAUUCAUAUCCUUCGCCAAACACCUGCUGAGGAAGGAAGGUGUUUGCCACAUUGAAUUCGCCUGGAACACCGGCAGGAAAGGGGAGCGACCUUUUUUUCAAAAGAUCAAGGAUACACUGAAUCGAGGUGCCGGUUGUAAUUAUUAUUAACUCCGUGUGAACUGUUAAAACGAGAAAGGCGCAGAUCAUGAGAAGACGCAGGCCUAAUCAGUUAUCCAUUAAACCAGCCAAGGCUUACAUACUGGGAAAGGCUGGAGUCGGCAAAUCGGCCCUGAUUGUAAGGUUUAUGACCAGGCGGUUUAUUGGAGAAUAUGCCCGGGCAAUAGAGGGAACCUACAAGUAUCAGAUUGAAACAGAAAAUGAAGAGGUAGAGUUGGAGAUCGCGGAUACUGCGGGAGAGAACACGGCCGAGAAGUUAAGUCUCAUUUCCCGUCAGGGUGACAUUUUCAUCAUUUUGUACUCUAUCACGGAUCGUUCCAGUUUUGAAGAAGCAAAGCGCAUUGCUCGCUUUGUAAAGGACAGUACCGCAGAUUCUGUUGCCAUAGCAAUCGUGGCCAACAAGUGUGACCUUGAACAUUUUCGGCGCGUUAAAUAUGAGGAAGGGGAAAGUCUCUCGAUGGAAUUGAAUUGUGCUUUUCAUGAAGUUACUACAUCAGAAGACAAUAAACAGGCCAGAGAAGUCGUGCAGAAGUCAGUGUCAAGUUUUAUCCGUAGUCGUGAAAAAAUGAAAGAUUCUGGAAAUUUGAAAGUGCCUUCGUUUGUUAAAAGGACUCCGUCGUUUGAAAAGAGUGAGAAAAAGAAGCGGUUAGGGCGUUUUUCACAAGACAGUUCCAAAUCACUGUCACGACCGUUUGAAUUUCAUACACGAAUGAGACGGAUUGAGGAGGGAGAUGGCGAAGAUUACAAAGUAAACAACAACACCAACAACAACAACAACAACAAUCGUAUAUCCAAUGCCUUUGAUAGUAAGAACAAUGACCGCGUGAAUAAAAAGGAUGCUCAGUCCAGUGAAGCUAAAAACCGCACUCAAGGACCGUUUAACGUGGAAAAGAUGAAGAGCGCAACUUCUAAGAAGCUGCACUCACCCACCGAAAAGACGGGUGAUUAUUUCAAUGAUGACAAACCCAAGAUACCUUUUACUGUUCAUAAAGUUAAAGGUUCCUCCGCUGGCGAACUGAAGCGGCCUCUUCCGGUCGAUAAAUUAAGAUCACGCUCAUCAUAUAAUUGGACUGAAAAUUCGGUUACCGAAGAGAAGCCGAAGCAGUCUUCAAAAGGACCGUUUUCAUUGGACAGACUUCGGAGUCAGUCGACUGAAAAGCUUCGGCCGUCUUCGUCGAGUGAUCGGCCGAAGUCGAGCACUUCUUCGUUCACUCGUAUGAAAGAUGGACUGAUGGGUAGAACCAAGGCAUUACGAAGAAAACCCAUAUAUCUAUGAUACCACCAGCGCAAAUUUUCACCGCAAUUCUGUGUGUCUCAUCUGGCCAGGCCGCGGGCCAUUCCUGCGCUUACCACGUUGACAUCCGGGAACCAGCUGAAGCUAUCUGAACAGCUAUUUUAGUGAACGAAGAGCGCAUCGAGAAACAUUAACUAGACGAACUCUUGGAACAAGUCAUUUAGAAUUAAAAAUUACUAUUAUCGGCAUCAUUUUUAUUAUCAUGAGUGCUCGAAUUCAUUAAAAUGCAAAGUCUAAUUAAUAAAGCUUUAUUUUAAAGCUGAAAGAUUUUUUAACUCCCCUCCAAGAAGUGUUCUGGCUAGAUCUGGCCUUUGCAGUUUUUGCUCAAAACCGCGAGAAAAGUUUUUCCUUGAUAUCAGAAUCGUGGCAUCCUCCAGGAUUCAUCUUGCAGUAUUGAUUACCAGUGAAUGUUUUCUGCUGUAACGUUUAACAUUCCUUCUCAUUUUUUUUUUAAUUACCUGAAAAUAAGUUCAGUUACAUUAGUACUGAAAUACUCAGAUGUUACUUGAGACACAUCAUGUGCGUGUGAGCUGAGGGCCAUAUGUUAGAAAACUUAUGUAGGUUAAUAUGUUACCCUCGUUAAAUAAAGAUGUGUGUAUG